UUGCUAACUGUACCCGACAAUUCAGUACAGCCACAGUGUCUUGUCAUCGAUACUUUUUGUUUUGAAAGGAAAGAAAACGCUGGGAAAUGUUUUUAGGCUAAAUAUAAAUAUACUAUAAUUCUUUUUUGUUUAAUUGUAAUUUUCUUUUGAAACUAUGACAUCACAAAAUCAAAAUUCUGGUUAUUACAACUGGAAUCAAGGACCUGAAAAUCCAGCCGGUGGGCCGUAUAGGUAUGACUUUGGCACACCAGAUUUUGGAGCUCAACCACAGUUUGGGCAGUUUGAUUACGAUUCUACACAAAAUGUUAAUGUACCUCCGAAUGCAGGACCAUCUACAAAUUUAUAUCCACCUAUGGGUUCCUAUUCUGGUAGUAUUUUGACUCCAGAAGCCCCGUCAUUCACUAAUCCAACUGAGAAUUAUGAAGAUGAGCCUCCUUUACUAGAAGAGCUCGGAAUAAAUUUCGAUCAUAUUAUACAGAAAACUGUUGCUGUCUUGAAUCCUUUUAAAGAGCCAAAUCCUUCGAUCUUGCAGGAAACUGAUUUCACUGGACCAUUGGUUUUUUGUUUAUGUUUUGGUGGGUUUUUAUUACUCAGUGGUAAAGUGCACUUUGGUUAUAUCUAUGGUAUAGGCGUACUUGGUUGUUUUUCUAUGUAUUCAUUGUUAAAUCUUAUGAGUGAAUCAGGAGUAUCAAUGGGUUGUACAAUAAGUGUUUUAGGUUAUUGUCUUUUGCCAAUGGUUGUACUGUCUGGAAUCUCUGUAUUAUCUCUAAAAGGGACAUUGUGUACUAUAUUGACUUUUGUAGCUGUGUCCUGGUGUUCAUUUUCUGCAUCAAAGCUGUUUGUUGCUGCCUUGGCUAUGGAUCAUCAACAGCCCUUGGUUGCAUACCCUUGCGCUUUAUUAUACGGCGUUUUUGCUUUGCUAACUAUUUUUUAAAUUGUCAGCAAAGCAAAUGAAUCUUUGUUAUUGAUUUGUAAAAAGAUUGAUAUUAUGUGCUUUAUGAUUUUCAAUGAGUGAUUUGCCAUUUUUAAGAAACCAGAAUUUUCUUCAUAUCUAUACAUUUUAAAUUUUUUUUCACUAGUUUUAGAAAUUCAAUUUAAGCAUGUUAUGUUAGCUGAGCUUAGUUUUUAAAUUUGUUCUUUAUUAUAAAUCUAAUUAGGCACCAGCUGGAAAGUUGUACAAAAUUACUGCCUGUAUAUAUUAAAAGUUUCCUCUGCAAAAAUAUAGUAUUGCUUUGUUUCUUGUGUUAUAUGAUGUGUUGCUUACUUACAUAUUAUAAAAGACUAGAAUUUCGCAUUUCAGUAUUGUAUAGAUAAUAAUAGUGAGACAUUGGAUUAAACAAUUUUUCCUUUUACGCAGGUACUGGAAUUUUAUAUGCAAAUUGAUUUCAGAUUUAUUAUCACACUGAAAAUAUGGCUAGACUUUAUUUAUUGUAAUUUAAGUUAAAUGAAAUAUAAUUAUCCUUUUUGUAUUAGAAAUAUUUGUGAAGUGAUUCAUUAAUAAAUAAUAUUUUCUA